CUCCUCCUCCUCCUCCCGGUGCGGAUGGUCUAGGAGAGAGGUACCAAGUUAGGAAGUAGCAGUCCGGGGAGCAGGAUGGCCCCGUGGUCCGUGUGAGGAUGAGGAACCUUUGGGGCACCUUGGAGAGCUCCUCCCGGAGCCGCCGCCGCCUCGGGCCAGGGCCAGCUGGUCCUCCGGCCUCGGGCUUCAAACUGAGGCUGCGGGCGACGACCGUGGGCGGCGGCCAGGAGGGACCAGGGGCCCGCAGCUGCUGAGCGGAGGAGCCCCCGCUGGAUCCGGGGGAGCGGGGGGCGAUGCUGACCCCUCCCGGACCGAAGAUCGUGGCCGGGGGAUGCGGAUGAGACUAGUCCAUAAUAUGGGUGUCAAUCACUCCCACCGACCCCCCGUAUUCGACGAGAACGAGGACGUUAAUUUUGACCAUUUUCAAAUUCUCCGGGCAAUCGGGAAAGGAAGCUUUGGAAAGGUAUGCAUUGUGCAGAAGAGAGAUACCAAGAAAAUGUAUGCCAUGAAGUACAUGAGCAAGCAGAAGUGCAUUGAGAGAGAUGAAGUGCGGAAUGUUUUCAGAGAACUUCAAAUCAUGCAAGGCUUGGAACACCCUUUCCUAGUUAACUUGUGGUACUCGUUCCAAGAUGAGGAAGAUAUGUUCAUGGUUGUCGAUCUGCUCCUGGGAGGGGACCUGAGGUAUCACCUCCAGCAGAACGUGCAUUUCAGCGAAGGGACGGUCAAGCUCUACAUCUGCGAACUGGCGCUUUCCCUGGAUUACUUACAAAGAUACCACAUAAUCCAUAGGGACAUCAAGCCAGACAACAUAUUGCUGGAUGAGCAUGCCCCAGAGGUGUUCCAGGUGUUUCUGGACGGAGGCCCAGGCUACUCGUUCCCCGUCGAUUGGUGGUCCUUGGGAAUCACAGCCUAUGAAUUGCUCCGUGGCUGGAGACCUUAUGAAAUCCAUUCGACGACCCCAAUCGACGAGGUCCUCAACAUGUUCAAGGUGGAGAGAGUUCAUUACUCCUCGGCCUGGUGUAAGGGGAUGGUGGCCUUGCUGAAAAAGCUCCUCAGCAAAGAUCCCGAGUGUCGUCUCUCCAGCCUGGUGGACAUUCAGAGCUCUCCGUUCUUAGCGGACAUGAACUGGGAUGCGGUGCUGGGGAAGGCGGUGGUUCCUGGCUUUGUUCCAAACAAAGGAAGGCUAAACUGUGACCCUACUUUCGAACUUGAGGAAAUGAUUCUGGAAUCGAAGCCCCUUCAUAAAAAGAAGAAGCGACUUGCUAAAAACAAAUCCAAAGAUGGAGCAAAAGAAAGUUGUACCCUGAAUGGACAUCUGCAGCAGUGCUUGGAAACGGUGAGGAAAGAAUUCAUCAUAUUCAAUAGAGAAAAGCUAAGACAGCAGGAACCAGUCAGCGAGACAUCGCGCGUGGAUGGCAGAGUGCCGAUUCAGAGUCACGCAAAGCUGCAGGAUGGCCGAAACAACAACAUCCUUCUCAGACACGGCUGCACCAGAGGCUGUAGCAGCUAAUUUCACACUUGAUGUGGCUAAACUGUUUGAACGGUCUGUGUCACUAGGACCCAAAAGCCCCUCUCUGUGCAUGUGAUGAUCCCUCUGUGCCCCCCAAAUGUCAGACCUCCCCCCCAACUUCAGACACCAGAGUAAAAACCCACUGCCAAAAAUCUAUGGGUCAACACAGGUCUCGAAUCCACUCACUCCGACAACACCGGUCCCCACUGAGACAGCUUCGGGAAGAAUCGAGUUUCACAGUCCAGCAUCGACACGAUAAAUGUUUGGUGGGUUUGAAUCGCCUACGAGAGGAUCCAUAGAAUCCUGGAACACUUGAAACAUUUGUGUUUGCGAUCUGUCAGGCGGGCAGCUUUUGAACCCCUUACGCUUCCGCGUUCCGUAGUCUUUGUCCUCGGGGUCGUAACGCUAGGCCAUUUUCUGGAAAAUAGUCGACUUUCUGUUCAGUAAAACAAUCUGGCUGGAACCGGGAUUUAGUGAGGUGGCUAAAUACCAUUAGAGCAUUUGCUGUCUGUUUCAUAGACGUGUAUGUAUUUCGUGUAUAUAUGUUUAUGUCUGUAGCGUGUUCCAUCAGCAUCCAUUAACUACCUGAAACCCAUUACCACGGCAUGAAACAUGUUUUGUCCAUAAAUUUUUGCCUUCCUGCUAAUUUGACUUGAAGAUGUUUAUCACAAUAACAAGGGUUCAGAAACUCUUUAAUAGGAAAACCUUGAGGCUCUCAAAAGAGUCAAAUCAGGAUCCCAAUGUUUAUAUUAGGUGGUUUAAUCUGCACAAAAAAUAUCUUGCCUUGAUCCCUGGCUCUGUCUGGGAAUCCAGCUGAUUUUAAUGGAAAGACCUGCCAUGGGGUGCCAGCUGAAAUAUAGUAGCAGGUGUACCCUGAUAUUUUCACUCCCCAAUGUGCUCCAUCCUCCGCUUGAUAAUAAAUGUCUGUCUAUGGUGUUGGCACGUUCUUUGUCUGUUUUCCAGUGUUUGAGAGACGAAUGAGGCUUUUGGUAAAAUUAUAAUACUGUAUCAUUUUCCUUAAAAGACUUUAGUGUAAUGUAUUGUUUUGUACUUUUUUUUUUUGUUUACCAAAAUGAUUUUUAAAAUAAUUCAGCUUUUUUAAACUAUUUGGUUGCCCCAAUCUUCUACUCUUCCCCUCAUAAUUCACCACCAGGUGAAUUUUUACCGACUCCUCGAGCACCGAUACAGUAACCUGGAAUAUACAACCCCUUCUUUCGCAGUGACCUUGUGGGACUGAGGAUGUGUCCUUAGAAGGUCACUGGUACUGUGGUGGAGGUGAUCGAGGUUUUAUGGCCCCUGUAGUAGGGUCAGACUAAAUUCACUGGUUUUC